AUGUGGUUUCCCAAGCUUUCACUGUUCCUUCUAUCCUUUGGUAUUUGCUGUUCGCUUUUCCAAGCACCCGCUUUUGCGAUCAAAAAGUCUUACAUAGUCUACUUGGGGUCGCAUGUACAUGGCCCAGAAGUUACGGAUGCUGAUCUUGAUCGAGUGACUGAUUCUCAUUAUAAUCUCCUCGGGUCAUUCUUGGGAACUAAGGAGAAGGCCAGAGAAGCCAUCUUUGACUCGUACCAAAGACAUAUCAACGGUUUUGCUGCCACCCUUGAGGAGGAGGAGGCUGCUGAGAUCGCAAAGCAUCCUGAAGUUGUGUCAGUUUUCCAUAACAGACAAAGUAAAUUGCAAACGACUCAUUCAUGGGAACUCAUGUCCCUGGAAUGGAAUGGUGAGGUGAUUCCUGGAUCCUUGUGGACCGAAGGUAGAUUUGGUGAAGACACCAUCAUUGCAAACUUAGACACCGUCGUGUUUCAAAAAACCAAAUAUAUACUAAUAUGCAACAUGGAAAGGAACAAGGUGAAGGGUAAAAUUGCAGUCUGCCUCGAGGGUGGGUAUGUCUUUCCGGUAAUGAAAGGAUUGCUAGUAGCAGAGGCUGGGGCUGCUGGGAUGAUUAUGUGCAAUCAUGAGCGUUCUCCAAAUGAAACUUCAUUUGAAGAACUUCAUUUCCUUCCGGUAUCGCAUCUCAACUACGAGGACUGUCGUUCACUCUAUGCCUACAUCAAUUCUUCCGAUAAUCCAAUGGCAUAUUUUACACCCCCAACGACACAACUGUAUACAAAGCCUGCUCCAUUAAUGGCAGUUUCCUCGUCUCGAGGACCAAACCCUUUUACACCAGAGAUCCUUAAGCCUGAUAUCACCGCACCUGGAGUUGAUAUCAUAGCUGCCAACACUGAAGCAGUGUCCCCCACAGGCUUUCCCGAGGAUACCCGCAGGUCUGCUUUCCUUUUUAAAAGUGGUACAUCAAUGUCUUGUCCUCACGUUGCUGGAGUUGCUGGUCUUCUGAAGACACUUAAGCCCGACUGGAGUCCAGCUGCAAUAAGAUCUGCAAUCAUGACUACUGCGGAAACAAGAGAUAAUACUGGAAACGCUUUGCGGGAUGACCUCUCAUUGAACAAGUCAACACCAUUUGGCUAUGGUUCUGGACAUAUCAAACCCAACCGAGCAAUGAAUCCUGGCUUGGUCUAUGACUUGAGAGUCGAAGACUAUUUGGACUUUCUUUGUGCCAUUGGCUACAACCAAUCAAAGGUAGAACGUUUCUCUGAAGGUCCCUACACAUGUCCCGAGUCAGGCAAUCCUCUGGACUUAAACUACCCCUCGAUAGCGGUUCCUAAACUCUCAGGCUCAGUCACCAUAUCUCGGAAGUUGAAAAAUGUUGGCACACCAGGCAAUUAUACUGCUUGUGUUUGUGAACCAUUCGGGAUUUCGGUUUCUGUGGAGCCUAGCUCAUUGCAGUUUGAGAAUAUUGGAGAAGAGAAGGGCUUUAAGUUGACUCUUAAAGCUAAGGGGGAUGGUGCAGCUAAUAAGGACUAUGUUUUUGGAGCACUGACAUGGACAGACGGAAAGCAUUAUGUAAGGAGUCCAAUAGCGGUUGCUGCAGCAGCUUCUACUUAAUAUUUCUCUUUUAAGAUUCCAAAAGUAAAAUCCUUGUGAUUUAAAUUG